AUGAAUAACGUGCGGGUUUCUCGCGCUCACAGGAGCCCUCUGACCUUGCCAGAGGACCGGUCCACAGCACUUCCUGAAUGUUUUGAGCUUUGGAUUCAAAAGGCUCUGCGGCGGUGACAGCAGAGCAAAAAGGGCAGCUUCAAAAAAAGGGCAGCCUAAAAUGCGCCGCCUAUACAUAGGCGUGCUCUCACUACUGCGCAUCGAUGCGGCCACGAUCGAUGCCGUCCGCCGGACCUCGAAAGCAGCGGUGUACGGCGCCGCCAAUGCGAGCCACGCCCAGCACUACGCGGCGACGUUCGCGUCGCUGCGAUGCGGGCGGCACGCGGACCGAUUCCUCUUCCUGGACGAGCCCGCGCCAGCGUCGUCGGUCGCUCUGGCCGCGAUCGGCGUGCACGUUAUUGUCGCCGACGGGAACGUCGCGCCGGCGGCGCUGGCCCGUUUGGGCUACGAGACCGCCUUGUACGUCGCUGUGGAUGUGAUCGCGGGGCCGGAGUUCUCUUGCGCGUCGCUCGUCGAAGCGACCUGUGCGAUAGGCGACGGCGUCCGCGCCUACGACCUGAGAAAAGGGUGCGAAGGGAACGCCUCGUUGCCGCCAGCAUGGAACCACCUCGUGCGCUUGGUGAAGCCCUGGGACGACGAGCGGUGGCGCGCCUGGGCGCGGAAUACGGCCUGGCCGCCAACAUAUAUAGAGAUCGACGAAAGGUGCGGCUGCGGGGACCUCAUGGUACCUGAGUGCGCGGCGGGUGGCUGCACCUGGUCGCGCGACCGAGGCACGCGCGUGGUGUCACCUGUCUCGAUCAAGUUCACGACGACUGGCGACCUCGCGGGCCUGCGGAUCUGCUUCCGCGUUGAUGGUAUUGAAGGCGGCUGCGUCGAGGCGCCGGCGCCGAUGGCGCGUUCAAUAAACUACGGCUUCGUCACGUAUCCUCUAUAUUUGCGGCCCGGCGGCCACGCCGUCGAGGCGUGGCUCGAUAGCGUCGCGCCGUCGCACGACGUCGUAUCCAGUACGUUCGAGGUCACCGCCUUCUGCGAGCGCGACCCGGGCGGGGCGCACCCCUGCAACCGCGACGAGGCCGUCGACCAGAAGGGCGACGUCCCUUUCGUCGCCGUCGCCGGCUGCGAGGGCACGGGCCACGCCCUGCUGCGCAACCUGAGCAUCGACGAGUGGGAGCGCCGGGCGACCCCAGAAACGCCGCUCUUCGCGACCUCGAGCUACCCCCACUCGCAGCCGCGGGACGUCGAGCGGCGGCCGAACUUUGCGGUCGCCAAGCCGGAUUUUAUCGUGGUCCUGUGGCGCGAGCCGGCGCGGGCGGCUUUAUCGGCCGCGCGGCGCUUCUUCCGCGGCGGCGACAUCGUCCUGGCGUGCGACUCGUUUACAAGGAACGCCGACGCGCUCUUCGGGCAGUUGUUUGCGCUAGAAGCGCCGACGCUGCGAGUCACGUACGAAGUCGUCGUGGCGCGGCCCGCGGAGACAGUGCGGGGCCUGGCGCGGUUCCUCGGACUGGAGGAGCCUUCCGUCGCGGGUCGAGUGGUCAAGGCCACAGCUGUAAACGAGACGAAGCUCGCGCUCGCGCGGCGCCUCCUGGCGCCACGGGCACCUUACUGGGAGAAGUCUCUCGACGCGCUGGCGCCGACCGAGGCCGCCGACUACGCGACGGACGCGGCGUCGACGCGCGCGGAGAUCAAGAAGCUCACGGCGGAAUUGAACGAGAUCGGGGAACUGCUGAACCAGAUCGCCGAGGUGACAGAACCGGAUCUGUUCGCGCGCGGCGUCGCAAAACACGAGGCGGGCGACCGCGACGGGGCGGCGGAAGCCUGGCUCGCGUACCUGGAGAGCACCGAUAAUUGUGAAGGCCGCGCCGCCGACGCGCACUACAACCUCGGGGUCUUCUUCGACGAGAAGGGCGAGCUGGACGUGGCGGGCCGGAUGUACGCCGGCGCGCUGACCUGCGCGCCGUCGCACGAGUCGGCGCUGCAGAACGCGGGGGCCAACGCGAUCAAUCGCGGCGAUACGACGGCAGCCGUCGCGUUCUUCGAGCGGGCCUACGCGCUGAAUCCGUCGGACGUGCACGCGUCGAACCUGGCGGUGGCGAGGGAGCGUGCUUCUUUUGUUGUUGAUGAUGAUGAUGGUAAGUAG